AUGCGCCGCGCCGCCGUCGCGCUCCUCGGCCGCCGCGGCCGCGGCGGCCUCGAGCGCCUCGCGACGACGACGACGACGACGACGACGACGACGGACGGGGUCGCGUUCGACCGCGCCCUCUCCCUCUCCUCGCGACGCCCAUCGCCCUCGCGUCCUCCUCCUCGGACGCCGCGACGCGCGGCUCCGCGCGGCCCCCCGCGUGCAGGGUUCGCGUCCGCCCCGCGCGGCCUCCUCCUCCGCGCGGGCGGCGGCGGCGGACCCGCGGGGUGGACCGGCGCGCCGCCGGCCGUCGCCGGCGCGUCGCGCGGCGGCGUCUGCCCGCGAUGCGCGACGGGGCUCCGGCCGUUGUGGCCCAACUCGCUGCUGCCGACGGAAGUGGACGCGAAGGACGCGUCGGGGACGUCGGGCGCGCGGUUCUGGUGCGCCACGUGCGAGGUAAGUGCGGCGCGGGGGCGACGCGACGCGACGCGCUGCUACUUCCGGUCGUCGUCGUCGCUCGAGACGACGAUAUCCACUCGACGAUUGACGACGAAUGAUUGA